AUGGGGGCCUGCGACUCUAUUGAGAAGACCUUUACAACAGAGUAUAAGAUCAUGAGGACCCUGGGCUAAGGGCACUUUGCCUAGGUCAAACUUGCCUUCCAUGAGCCCACCAUGACCUAUGUGGUGGUAAAAAUUCUUAGAAAUAGCAAGAAGAGAGCCUCCCUCAUCAACAAUGAAAUCAGCAUUAUGCAAUCCCUUUAUAACCCUUAUAUAAUAAAGCUGUUUGACAUGCUUCAGACCAGAGAGACCACCUACCUUGUGAUGGGGCAUGCCCCACAGGGAGAGCUGAUGCAGCGCAUCCUCCAACUGGGCUAUUUAGAGGAGAGCAAGGCUCUGAGACUGUUUUCCCAAUUCCUACACGCAGUGCAGUACUGCCACGACAAUUACAUUUGUCACAGAGACAUAACGGCCAAGAACGUUCUCUUCGACGGCAAGGGGAAUGCCAAGCUGAGCGAUUUCGGCCUGGCCUCUCACAUCACUCCUGGUCAGAAGCCGAUGGGUUGCUGUGGCACUCUGCUCUACUGUGCCCCAGAACUCUUUAGAGGGGAGGCAUAUGAUGCCUUCCCCACAGAUACGUGGAGUAUAGGGGUUCUCUUUUUCCUCAUGGUGGCUGGCCACUUUCCCUUCCAAGCCAGCUCUUUUGAGCUCUUGAAGAUGCAGAUCAGCUCUGCCUUCUUCCUCGUUCCUCAGCAUGUUUCCACCAACAGUUUCAAUGUCGUUCUUGAACUGCUCAUGAUCAAUCCCGCAGGAAGACCUACCAUCGACCAAAUCAUGGCAUGCCCCAUGCUCAGGGGCAAAGAGGCACAUGGUCUCCUAGGCACCACAAGCCCUAGCAUGCCUGCCACCCCGUGCUGCCAGCCAAAGACAACCUCCCAUUGCCAUGAAUCCUGCCUGCAGUGCACAUGA